AUGGCAGAGGAUCAGAACCCUGCGAGACCCGCACCUACCAGCUUUCCAGUCGGCCCAGAGUCACAUCUAGCCAUGCACGCUACCGGUCAGCCACCAAAGCAGGGCAGGGCUUCUCGCGCCUGUCUGCGGUGUCGGGGACGCAAAGUCAGGUGUGAUGCCACGAGAAAGCGUGGCAAGUGCACCAACUGUUCACUCGACGGCACAAGAUGCGAGUUCGUCCGUCAGAGCCAACACACGCGUGAAUCGAGUGCAAAUCCUUCCUGGCCUCACGAUAAACAAGCCAACCUACGACAAAACACAGCUGCCGUGGCCGGCCAGAAUCUGCUUCGUCACAGCCGAAACGUUGGGCCUGAACAUGUGCAGAACGAUCUGCCGACAAUUUGGGAUGUUGCGGCUUCCGACGACAUUGCAAACCUGAUGAGCGGUCCGGAUCUGGACAUCUUCAAUGCUUCUCAACUCGAGCAGCCUCCACUCCAACAACCUCUGGAGAGACAAGCCGAAGACGCCGACUCUGAUCGUCAGCAAUCGCACUCACCAAGUGAUACUGUGAAUCUUCGCGGCAUCUCGCACUCUCAUAAUGCCAGACUCGUCGCGAAUGACCGGCCAGAUUCAAACACUACAGCUGUGCUACCUGACUUCAUUGAAGCGUUUUCAGUCAACCAUGUGGAUGACGUGGAUUACCUGCGCCGCAAAGGAGUUUUCACCUUCCCUCCGAAGCCGCUUCAAUUUGCCAUCCUGAACCAGUACGCGGAUUUUGUACACCCCCUCCUUCCGGUGAUCGAUCUGGCCGAGUUUCGCAGUAUUCUUGGUGGGAGUACGAAACACUCCGGGAAGAGGAUGCCCUUGUUGCUCUUUCAUGCAGUCAUGUUUGCUGGGGUAGCGUCGGUUGACCCCGAAGUGGUGAUCCGGCAAAGCUACAUGUCGAAAUUGGCGGCAAGGGAGGCAUACUAUGAGCGAGCAAAGACACUGUUUGACAUGGACAUCGAAAAGGAUAAGACGACGAUAUGCCAGGCUUCCUUACUGCUCCUCGGGUGGGUAAAGGAGAAUAAUCCCAAAGACGCGACUUAUUGGCUUGGUAAUGCAAUUACCCAAGCUUACUUUUUGAACUUGGACAAGGACAAACCUCAGUUGUCUACGAUUUCACAUUCUAGAAGCCGGCAUGAUCGCAACCGACGUCGAAUUUUAUGGUGGUGUGUGCUCAUGAAAGAAUGCGAUCUGUGCAUGUACACGGGACAGCACCCUCGCAUAUGGCCGUCGGCUCCGACACUGACCCUGAGCGAUUUCGGCUUCAACGACACUGACAUAAACAUGGCAGCCGACAACUCCAGCCAUGAGUCACAAGGCGAACGCUUGAAACAUGCGCUGGUAUGUGUCGAGAAGGCGAAGCUGUGCAGACACAUAUACCUCAUCCUGCAGCAUAUAUUCCACGAUGCCGUGGCCUGGGGCUGGACGGGGUCUGGAACGACUCUACCUGCCUUACGACAGUAUAUGCUCCGUGACCUCCGGCAAUGGCAUUCUGAAAUCCCAGACACUUUGCGAUGGGACUCGUUGCUGGCCGGUGUUCCAUAUGGCGCUUCUCGAGGUGCGGCUUGGGCCAUGUCGGUGAUCGAGUUGAUAUACUGGGGGGCACAUUUUGUCAUCUACAAAGACAACAUGACGAGAGACGUCUAUGCACGCAUCAGAGUCCAGCAGACGACCGAGCACUCACCACAAACCGAGUGGCACUCUUUCCUGGUCAGACAGGCGGGCUACGAAACAACAGCUGUACUUGAGCAACUGUUGAAUCACGACCUCCACGGGGCUCUACCCCCGUCUGCCCUGACCAACAUCUACCUGGCGACAUCAGCGUUGCUUCUUGAUUUCAACCACGCAGACUCGGAGAUUCGCAGGCGGAGUAUCGCUCAAGUCGACGUCUCCAUCAAGUGCUCCUUGCCACUAGCUGACCAUGGCCCAAUCUUGCGAGACGUAGUAAAUAUGUUGCAGGAUACAAGGAAGGCUGUACUCGGUCGUUCGCUCCAGUCAUCAUCUAGCACUAGCCACUCGGCUCCAAACCCGGCCAAGCGCAACGCAAUAAUGGCCGAUGCCUUGGACGAAGACAAUGAAAAGAUGGGACAGCAACCUACCGCUGCUGCUGCUGCUGCUGCUGCUGCCGCCGCCGCGGCGCUUGAUCCCGCCAGUGAUAGAGUGCCUGAUAUAUCGGCUAAUCCAUUUUCAACCUCUGAAUGGUACUCGGAUGGAGAUUUGGGAUUUGCAGAAAACCUGCUGUCUGCCUUUGACUAUUCAGGCUAUACCUGGGCAUGA